AUUUGGGUACCAUUCUGUGCAAAUUGUAGAAAAAAGCCUACAUCUCAUUCUGAAUAAGAAACCAAGACAAUCUUUGACAAUCUUUCCCUGGUACGUGGAAAGUUAUCUAAAUUAUGAUUUCGCGGGAAAUUCACUACAUGCACGUAGUCUCCAAUUCACAUGCCACCGAUUCGACAUUCGGUUUUCCCUUUCCACCAACAUUUACCACAUAGGCCAUGCAUAUUGAGCUACAUCAUGAUAACAUAUUCUUAGUGGUAUGUAAAGGUACAAUAUGGCACAUGGCGUGCAAAGAUAUAAACUUUCUUGCACAUUUUCCACACGUCGUAAAUUUACGCCACUGACCGGAAUGGAAGGACUUGAAAUGAUAUCGCACUAAUCCGUGCAGAUUCUUUCAUAAAAUGUCAUGCCGAAUCGGAAAGGGACGUCUUCUUAAAGAGUGUAGCAAGUUGCCAGCAAUAUUUAUGAAGAAAGGGGCUUAUAUGGCUCAUGAAAAAGUUGCAUGAUAUUAUUUCAAAGCCCAGGAGCAAGCGAGUUUUUUGUCCGUCGAAUCACCUAUUUCCGGAAGUGAAUGGUAUCGCCGCGGACUGAAUGAGCGGACGAUAGCAGAGGCAAAGCCAACGGUUCACUCCAGAAGGCCAAGUACGGUGGGGAACGAUGGCGGUGUCACAGAGGAAAGACGUUACCAGUCAAGAGGCUAUACCUUUGAUAUCUCGACGCGGCCAGAGAAUAUGCGAUGCAUUCGCUAGUGGUGCAUUUUUGGCCAAUGCCGGUGCCCGGAUCAUGAGCCGAGGUUAUUUCGACAGCAUUUCUAAACCACAGGGUAUUGUGGACUUUGGAGUCAGUGAGAACAAGCUGAUGUUUGAUGUUUUUGAGAAAAAGCUGGCUGAACCCAAGAUACAGACGCUUGCACCUCACAUGCUGUUUUAUGAUGUAAUGGCUGGGAACUUGAGGUUCCGUGGGGCAUUGGCUGAAUUCCUCACUGAGCGGCUGAAUGCAGCAAAACCACUGGAUCCAAAAAAUGUGAGGGUGUGCAACGGUGCUGGACCAAUGAUGGAGCUUGUUGCAUCCAGCAUAGGAGAUCCAGGAGACUGUCUCAUGAUGCCCAUGCCAUGCUAUGGAGGUGUGUUCUGGGAUGUGGGAGGGCGAGCAGAGAUCAAUGUAGUGCCUGUCCACCUUACCAGUAAGAUGGAAGAAGGAGACACAAUGCCUUUCCAACUUACUGCCAAAAAGAUUGAGGACACCUACAACAAAGCCACAGCAGAGGGAAAGAAGAUUGUUGGCAUACUUCUCAUCAACCCCCACAAUCCAUUGGGAGAUAUCUACAGUGCUGAACUCAUCAUGGACAUCUUAAACGUCUGCCACAGGCACUCCCUCCAUGUCAUCAUGGAUGAAAUCUACAUGAUGUCCAUAUUUGACACCGAGGCCAAGUUUACCAGUGUCCUCAGCCUGCCAAAUAUCCCUGAUCCACAGAGAGUCCACCUGGUGUGGGGUUUUGCCAAAGACUUCUGCAUGUCAGGGAUGCGAUGUGGUGUACUCUACAGUGUGAACGAAGCUGUCAACAAAGCUGUUGAUGCCCUAGUCUACUUCAACAUGAUUCCUGGGCCAAUUCAGCACGUACUGACCGAGAUUGUUCUUGAUAAAGAAUGGCUGGACAAUGUGUUCAUCCCUACCAAGUACUCCCGUAUGAGGGAGGCUCGCUCCUACAUGUGUGACAAGCUGUCAGCCUUAGGUAUACCAGUCCGCAAGAGCCCUUCAGGACUGUACAUCUGGGCAGACUUCAGGAAGUACAUCCAGCCAUUGACUCCAGAGAACGAACUUGUGCUGUUUGAGAAGUUCAUGGAUGCAGGAGUUUACCUCACACCUGGUAUUGAGGCAUUCAACUGUGGGGAGCCUGGAUUCUUCCGCAUGGUUUUCACAGUGUACAGGGACCAUCUAGAAGUGGGCAUGGAGAGGAUAGCAGCAGUGUUGAAGGACUGUGCUGAGAAUGGCCUCACCAAACCACAAGCUGAUAAUGCAGAAGCACCAACCAGUGCCGAUGUGAAAGAAGAAUCUCUAGAAGACCUUCUUGGACUUCUGCAAGGACGGAUAUCCUCCUCAGGUUGGCUAGAGGAGACCAGAACACAGAACUGGGCAACCCAGAAUCCAGAAGCUUUAGAACAGUUCAAACAAGCUAUGAAAUCCCAGGAGGGAUUUGGAGACAAGUAGCCAUCAGAAACAAUUGUGAAACAUCUUCCUACAAUGGCCAAUCAAAUCUACACAGCUCAAGUAUGUGAAUCUCUGAAAAUAAGACUGAUCAGUACAUUAUGGUGUGAAAUAAAGUCAGGUGUCCAAAUAGUUCUGAUCAUUCAGGUCAUCUUAAAACAACAUAUGCAGUCAAACCCGUACAAGUGACCUCAUCUGUACAUAAGGGUCACCUGAUCAGUAUGACCACUGUUUGGUAAUCCCUUUAAGUAGAUAAUUUUUCCCAUUGAUAUGAGAAUUUAUAAUCCUGUAAUAGUAAACAAUUGUAAAAAAAAAAAAAUAUCAGCCCCCUUAGAGUUCUUCUUGAGUAGGUGUAACUGUUAGUGUCAGCAAACCCAAAAUAGAUAAAGUUAGUAGAUCUUUGUGUGUCUUUGGUGUGUGUUUUGUCCCAUGUUUUUGCGUUACAUGUAGCAAACAUCAUAGUUCAUGCUGAGAAAGUAACAAGUUGCUACCAGCUGUAUGAUUAAGAGGUACUCGGAUGUUUUUGAGUAAAAGAGUUCCUGUCCUUAUCACAUACAAUUUACGUCUGAUAUAUUUUUGGGUAAUUCAAUCUGAUAUGUGGUAGGUACAGUUUGACCUCAAGCCAUCUGGUUUACAUGUUACAAGGGAAUCAUUUAUUUUUUGUAACCAGGCAAAUUUGAAUAUAACGGUCCCAUAGCUCUGUCCACCCCCAUGAAAACUUCAAAGGCAAAAUAAAACCAUAAAAGUGUAAG